AAUUUGAUUCUCAGUGACACAAUCUCGUGAAGAUGAAUUCUACAGUUCUAUUGCUUUUAACUUGCUGUGUAUUACUUGAUGCGGUUUUCUCAUCGGUAACAAAGUUGGAAGGCACUAAUACGCACAUAAACCAAAUAAAUGGUAUUCCCAAUGAUUUUAAAGCGAACACAGAACCUUUUCAGAAAAUUGGAGCAAAGUUAUACUAUAUUGAGAAAUUGGAGCGAGUGAAUUGGUUCACAGCUUUGAUCAAGUGCCAUCAAAUGGGUGGAAAUCUCGUCAAUUUGCGAAGCUUGGACGAAAUACAAGGCCUGGGAGAUAAAUUGAAAUUGAAUGAGCGCUAUUGGGUGGACUUGUCUAAUUUUUCCGAUGGCAGAUUCCGUUCGCUGAUUACUGGAGAAUUAAAGGGCCAAUAUCCAUUGUGGAACGAAGGCGAACCAAAUAAUGCUCGGCAGAAUGAACAUUGCGCUCAUGCGCACGUCAACAAUAGAGGUGUUCAUCUAUUCGACGAUUCGUGCAGCCUUGAAUAUCCAUUUAUUUGUGAGUCCAAAACUCCGACCACAAUAACAAUUGUAUCAUGGUAAAUUCAUUGUGUUUGUCAAUAAAUUUGGUUCAAAUAUCAAGCAGAUCACUAUAA